AUGGAUGCAUUCGGAGCGGCCCUCAAAGCGACGUCCCCAUUCCAAGACGGAAUGACGUUUACCAAGACAAUCCACAAAAAGCCUUACGCGACAAUUUUCCCUUCUCGUCCGGAGCUCUCCCAGGCCGGGCGCACGAUUCUCAUCACUGGCGGUUCUGCGGGUAUCGGCUUCGCCAUUGCCGAGAGCUUUGCUCAGGCUGGGGCGAAGCGCGUCAUUAUCCUUGGACGCCGUCAGAACCUCGUCGAUGAGGCCGUCUCGAAGCUCCAGAAUGGAUAUCCGAAAGUUCAGUUUGACGGAUACCCCAGCGAUGUGGCUGAUCUCGCAGACACCGAGAAGCUGUGGAAGGGCUUCGAAGAGGACGGCACUGUCAUCGACGUCCUGGUGCUCAACGCCGCCAAAAUAUCUGCUGACGGUCCCAUUCUGACGCUCGGAAGAGAGGAAGUUUGGAGCUCCUUCACCAUGAAUGUCCGCUCGCUGUUGGAUGUCUCGGAGAGAUUCUACAAGCAGAAGAAUGGCGAGGGCCGUCAAAAGUUCCUUGUCAACGUUUCCACUGAGGCUAUUCACAACUUCCUCAAGUCAGGCCCGUGGCCCGCUUACAGCGUCAGCAAGAACGCAGGAACGAUCCUAAUCCAGAUGAUCGCCAAAGACACGCAGCCCGAGGAAAUGCAGGUCAUCAACUUCCAUCCAGGGGUGGUUCGAACCAGCGUCUUCAUCAGUGCUGGAGUCCCCGAGGACUUUUACCCUUUUGACGAUGUGACUCUGGCCGGCAACUAUGCCGUCUGGGCUGCGUCCGAGGAGGCGCGCUUCUUGCAUGGUCGCUUCGUCUGGGCGAAGUGGGACGUUGAGGAAUUGAAGACGGGCGAGAUAGGAGACAAGAUCCGGAAGAAUGAUCAUUACCUCAAGGUUGGCGUUGUCGGGCUUCAAGAGUAA